GCCAUAAAGUGUCCUUAAAAAACUACAUUACGGAAUAAUACUGCAUUGUCUCCCUGGCUCUGUGUUAUGUGGCAGCCGCGUCAAGUAGGGCGGGAAAUACAGAAGGUGAACGCAAAACAACAGCUAUCCACGGCCAUAAAACGAGGGGAUUAUCUUACUGUCAUUCAGCAGAAAGAUGGAAGCUUCUUCAGUUGUUGUACCAAAAACAAGAAGUCGUCUAAAUGUGGGUAUAAAUUGAUUGGUUAAUAAUAUAUAGCUGCAAAAUUAAAGAUUGGAAAAGAAAACCGGCUGACGAUCCAAAAUACUUUCAUAUGAGUGUAGAUGUGUUUUCCCUGGGUUAAAAGCAAAACCGAGAACUUGGAGAAUGAGUAAUUAACCUUCAACUUACCCUUUUCAGCACUGUAUUGUUUCUGUCCAAGUCAUUUUCUGUGUGUUAUCAAUCAAUAUGGCAAACUUCAGCCUAAAUCAAGUUCUAGAAUUAGCAAAAACCUGGAAAAAGAUCGAGAGAAACCUAGUCGUGACUUUUUUUGUUUUUAUCCAACUUAAUUAGAAAAAAAAACUUACUGCAAACAUGCACAUUGUAGGCGAGGACAAACUGCUGGGGUGGUUGGCUUCUUCUAACAGCACAAUUUUUUUCCACCUAAGUGUAGGUAAAUAGUGUUAAAGAGGAUAUUUAACAAGCUAUGGUUAUUAAGUGGCAAGGGUAAUAUCUGCUCUUUUUCACUGACACCUUGCUGAAUAUAAAUUUUUGUAAUAUAUUUUUACGGCAAGUUAUACAACAAAGCUGUCUCGUUCUUCACUGAGGCAAUUAAUGUCACACUUGCUCCUCCAGAGUCUCCAUUAACAAAUAUAAUUAGUGGUAAUAGGAGUAAAGGUAUUAAGACUGAGUGGAGUUGAAUAUGGUCUAAAAUCAUACAAGUGUUUUAUGAAAUUGCACACCUGCAAAGUUAGGGUCUUAUUUGUUUAUUAUGAGUAUGAUUACAAAUUGAAUUGGAUGACACAAAGUCCCAAUACAAAUUAAUCAAAACUGUGAUAAAAUUGUUUAAACAAACUAACCAGUAGCUGUAAAUUUUUAAUUAAAAAAACCACAGUUAACUCAGGGAAAUGUGCAACAACAGUGUGCAUACAUGAUGCGUGCUGUCUUACAUAAGCAUGACACAAGCACUGUUCAAUUAUUCCUUCCAAUUACAUGCAUGAUGCAUACUCUGUCCAAGUAGUGUUCAAAUCAGGCUGGUGAUAACCAAUCACAUUCAUGGUCCCCUCAUCUGAACUGAAAAUGCCUUAGGACAUGGAAAUUUAACAACAAACCUGACAGCAUGAUAAUUUAACUGCUGCAUUUUCGGUAAAUACAUAACAAUCGCUUUGUAGCUAUUAUUGUUUGUGAACUGGAUUAUUGAUUAUUAUAUAAUGGAGUACAAGAUAUUGUAAGCACUGUGAUGUUUAUCAAUUUCAGGUGUUAGAGUGUCGAGUUUGUGAAGAUGUAUUCACCCUUCAAGGUGACAAAGUUCCAAGGUUAUUAUUGUGUGGACACACUGUCUGUCAUGACUGUUUGACUCGGCUACCAGUCCUUGGGCACAAACUUCACUGUCCCUUUGACAGACAGUCAACUGAACUGGGUGACUCUGGAGUCUGGGGUUUAAAGAAAAAUUUUGCAUUGUUGGAACUGUUAGAACGUCUUCAAGUGCUACAAGAACCAUCGGUAAUAAGUGACAGUGAGAGCAGAGAUGACACUGUUAGAUGUGAUGAAAAUGAAGAGCACAUUGCCAACAUAUACUGUACUGUUUGUGAAACUAACUUGUGUGGUGAAUGUGCAGAGGGUACUCACUCCACCAAAACUCUAGUGAAGCACAGAAGAAUUCCCAUUUCUGAGAAACCCAAAGAAAAGCCAAAAUGUCUACAACACUCAGCUCAUGUCAUAGAAUUCACAUGUUUAGAGGAAGAAUGUCAAGAUAACUCACUGAUGUGCUUUGUGUGUCGAGAUUAUGGUAAACAUCAGGGACAUAAGCAUACUCUACUUGAGAACGAAGCAGAGAACAUGCGUGCCUCUGUGACCAAAGUCAUACAGCAUGUUAGAACCUUUACUGAUGAAGUUGAUGGGUCAGCUGCAAGACUUUCUUCAGUUAUUGAAGCAAUUGAAGGUUUGUUGCACAAAGUUGUUGAACAUGUUUUGGGUUUUCAAGUUUUUGGUGGAUGCAUAAGGCUACUGGUUUUUAAUAACCUAUUUACGAUGUAAUUUUGAUUUGCCUUGUAAAAGAGUUUGUGAAGCAGCAACAAAGUUGUCAAGUCAGACCUUGCCUUGCUCUCUCAAUAUGGUAAAAAAAAUUUACCCCCCCAAAGAUCAUAGUGAUCUUCAGUGAAAGCGAUUAGGAAAAUGUUGUAAAUUGUCAUUUCCCUUAAAUUAAAGGUGGGGUGUUGAUGCAAGAGGAUGAACGAGGAAAUCUCGUUGCGCAACAUGUUGCUGGAACUGCAGAAGAUGCAAGAAGUAAAGUGCGAGCAUAUUUUGAUGAUCUACGAGAAACAGUCAACCGACAAGAGGAGGCUGGACUUGCUGUUGUUAAUAAUUAUGUGAGAGAGAAACUACUGUCACUCAGACAACAACAGGAGGACAUGGCUGUUUUGAUGUCGCAAGUAACAUCUGUCUGUGUAGAGUGUGACAGAGCACUCAAGAGGAGUGAUGCUGAGGUAAUGUUAUUGUAUAACAUUAAUUUUAUAUUAACACAGGAGUUGAAUUGUUGCCCUUCCCUGGUACUUAAAACUACAACUUGUGACAUUAACUUCUGCACAUGUGUCUCAUAGCAAAGCCCUUAUCACCUACCACUCUUGUGAAGCACUUGUAUUGUCCUUACACUAAGUUCUAGUAUGUAAGAAGACUCAUUAACUGCCCAGGAUGUAUAUCUAGUGUGUUUGUAUAUAGGAUAAGUUUACAAUCUCAAAUUAACAGGUUGACUUCUUGAAAGAGUUGCGGGGUUAAGGAAAAUAGUAAACAAAGGUUUUUUUCCUUGUGAUGAAAAGUGAGAAACAGAAGAAAUCUAAGAAGUCAAGGUUGAAAUUGCAGCAGAAUUUUGGAGAGCAAUGUGGGAUCUCAUCUUUGUAAUGUUCUCCCUGGUUUCUCCAAAAGUUAUCAUGUUCCAUACCAAUCCAGAUUGCUUUAUGUCCAUUUUGAAUGGCUGAGUUUUGAUAAAAAUGUUUUUCUUGGUGUGAAAUCUUUCAAACUAAUUUGUGUUUUAUAUUUCAAUCUUACUCUUUGUUGUGGCUACAUCCUCUUGUAGGAGGCAAGCUACUUACUGUAUGUAAUUGAAAUGAGUGAGUGUGUGAGUGAUGGGAAGUUCAUGGCAAGGGAUCGCCAGAUGUGGAGGGAACACGUUGCUGCCCUACAUGCCUGUUAGGCGUAAAGGGCAUGAUGAUGAUGAUGAUGAUGAUGCUAUGCAUGCCUAUGUUUUCAGUUCUUAUUGUGACCCUGAAAGAGAUGAUAAACAUCUCCAAAUAAUUUCAAAGUCGUUCUUUAACAUGUAAUUGAAAACAAAACUCUUCCUUGCAGAAAUAUCUAAGUAAAUGAGUGUGAUCAGCACAUCUGCAUAUUGUGGAAACUUUGAGUUUCUUGAGCCACCCCCCAUAAAAAAGUUAUGAAAACAUUAGGAACACAAAGUUUCCCAUCUUGAUCUACCCAAGUAAAAAAAUAACUCUUGUAUGCUAUGCAUGCCUAUGUUAUCAGUUCUUAUUGUGACCCUGAAAGAGAUGAUAAACAUCUCUAAAUAAUAUUAAAGUUGUUUCUCCUGCAUGUAAUUGAAAACAAAACUCUUCCUUGCAGAAAUAUCUAAGUAAAUUGGUGUGAUCAGCACAUCUGCACAUUGUGGAAACUUUGAGUUUCUUGAGCUACCCCCCAUAAAUUAAUCACUAUUACUAUUGUUUAAAUGGUAAAAUAUAAUCAUACCAACAAAAGUUAUGGUAUUGAUUACUAUAACUUUUGUUGGUAUGAUUAUAUUUUACCAUUUAAUUAUUGGUUGAAUGUCAAUUAGUCACUAUAUUCUCACAUCAUCUUUCUCUUGUGGAACAGGGUACUUAUAAAUAUGUGUGAUGGGGCAUGUUUUUGCAUAUGGAUACAGAUAUUCUUCAACACUGCUUCAUCAUUAUAAUACCUCAAGUUCUUUUCAAUGCUUUAGAAAUUUUACUACAUCAGUAGCCACAUGUAGUCUCUGACUGCCUAUUUUUUGUUUUUGUUUUUGUUUUUUUUUAUUACUAUUAUUUAUUUAUUUUUGUCUUGGUUUUUUUUUUUUUUUACAUAAUUCCUUAAUCUGGAAAGAAUGAAAGAAAUCAUGUUAAUAUGAUACAAUUUAAAAGAAAGGAGAAUUUUUAACCACAUUUAUUAGCUACUUUAAGGUUUUAGGAAAAGUUAUUCAUGCUAUUCACCUAUUGACCUACAUAAAAGAAUGUUUGGUUUUCAAUAUUGCUCAGAAGUUAAAAGAAUUCACUAGAUACGUAAAUUAAUCUGUUUUACCUGUGGCAGGAUGUAAUACCAGAUUCAGUAAAUUUCAGUUUUAUGGAAUUUGUUAUUAAUGGUUGUACUUCAUGAUAUAAACAUUUCACUAUUUAAGUAUCAAUUUCUUUCAACCUUUGAAGGUAAUAGAAGCCAGAAACAGUAUCCAUAGUCUUUUGGAAACAGUACAAGACCAGCAGGAGCAGUUCACCAACAUUGCUAGCCUCUGUGACACAGAUGCUGCCAUCCCUGUUGCCUUUACAAAAGACAAUAGGGUCCACAUAGGUCCAAAAAUGGAAAUGAGAGUAGUUGCACUGGGACUUGAUGGAGCAGGAAAGACUUCAAUUUUAUUUAAAAUGAAGCAUGAUGAGUUUGUCUCGCCCAUAACAACAAUUGGUAAUUGUUUUUUUACCCUAAUCUAUUUUAAUUGAAUGUGCUUUGAUUAACUAGAUUGGAAUGGAGAAAGAAUGCCUUGCUAUAGAUAGAAGAGACCUCAAGAGUUACGUAUGGGACCUUUUUUGUUUUAAUUUGUCCUUUUUCUUCAUGGAUUAGGUGAUUGGAUUUGGUAUUUACCACACAGUUUCUCCCCCUACUCUUGAGCUUACCCUCUCUGAUAGUCUUGCUCAUUGGAGUUACUCUCAUUUUUUGAUGGGUAUUUAAGGACAGACAACAAGCCACUAGCUGUGUAGCUGAAAAUUUUAGGUGUUUCAUCAUUGCAGACUAGCUUUGCAGUGGCCUGUUUUUGGGACACACUGUCUUUGAGUUCUAAUAAAUGGUUCAUUAAAUGGUCAAGUUUUCUGUUAAUUAAGUUGUUUACUGCCUCAGUGAUGUAUGUAGUCCUUGAUUCCUUAAAAAAAAUGGAGUAACAAACCUGAACAUUUCCUGAACUUGUUGGUGGGAGAAAUGUGCAUUUUGGUGACUUUGAAAGCAAAAAUGUGGAAAGUCUUGUAUAACUGAGAUAGCAGUGAGUGGUUGUUUGCUGGAGAGCUGGAGGAAAUUGUAUUUUUUGGUGUUUAACUUGAUACAGCUAAACUUCCUCUUCCUUAAUUUUCUAUAUUUUUGACAGGAUUCAAUGUGGAAACUGUUGAACACCGCAGUUUAAAGUUUACUCUUUGGGAUGUUGGUGGUCUGCAGAAACUCCGUCCACUUUGGAGACAUUAUUACCUUAACACACAAGGUUAGAAUCACAAGAAAUGAAGGUUGUUUGGUAAAUUUGGCAUUUAUGCUGUUGAGGGCCUAACUUUGUUAUGUACAUGUAGGUCCAUUUUACUAUCAUAAUGAUAAGUUCAAUAGGUUAAUGGUUUAGUGUACAGUUUCCAUUUUGUCCAAAUAACUGUUUGAACAGAAAUUUCAUCAGAACUUCAUUUUGUAACUCUGAGCUAGGUUAUUAGGGCACUAAAAUUCUUGCAGGGUAGUAACGUAUUUCCUGUAAACAGUAAUAUUAGCUGGUACGUAAGAAAAGUAUUUUGUUACAUGCAAGUAUACAAUCUAUUUGCUGUUUCUUACUUUGGUUGAAUUUUUUGUAUUUCUAUAUUUUAGCUGUGAUCUUUGUGAUUGACAGUAACAAUUUAGAGCGUAUUGAAGAGGCUCAUGAGGAACUUGCAAAAUUAAUGGCAGAGAAAAGACUGAAAGAUGCUCUGUUGUUGAUAUAUGCUAACAAACAGGUACACAUGUUAUAAUAAGAACAAUAUCUCUUUGUGAUAAGUGCUUUUCCUACUGUUAUUCUCAUGUACAUUGCAUAUCACCAUAGAUUAAUAAACAAAUUAAUUAUAUUUAUAAUUAUAUGAUAAGCUCAGCUAUGCACGCAUUCUGAUUGGUUCUCAGUUUGCAGAUUUGGUUCAAAUCCAAAUGCCACCCCCUUGCUCUUUCUCCUGGAUGAAAUAGUGUGUGUGGUUUUGAAUUCUUGUCCACUUCCCUUUUGAUGGUUAGGUGAACAGUCUCUCUGGGGUGGGAAUGUUAACACUUCUAUUCUAUUCAAUGUAAGAUAGACAGUGUCCCUAUUAGUUAUAGUUAACACAUCAAAUAUAUAUUGACACUGAAACAAACAUCUAUUUCAAUUUCAACUGGAGUUGUAAUAAUUUAAUUUAAAUAGCUUUGAAUUAAUGAUGCUAAAAUGGACACUCAAAUGCUAUUUUGUAGGACUUGCCCAGUGCUCUCAGUGUUGAUGAUCUCACUGAAAAGCUUGCUCUCCAUAAGCUGUGUUGUGGAAGGAGCUGGAACAUAUUUGCCUCUGAUGCACAUUCUGGCAAGGGCCUACAUGAAGGCUUAGACUGGCUUGCAAGACAACUUAUGUCUGAGUUUGCACAAUGA